GAUGGGGAAUUGCCAAGCGGCGGAGGCGGUGGCGGCGGCAGCGGUGAUCGAACACCCAGGAGGUAGGGUCGAGAGAGUCUACUGGACGGUCGCGGCGAGCAACGUCAUGGCCGCAAACCCUGGUCACUACGUCGCGGUUGUCGUCGUCGCUGCUCCGCGUAGCUCUGCUUCUGGUAACUCGUCGUCCUCUGCUUCCCCCGACGGCGACGGUGGUAGCCGUGCUGCUGCACCGGUGGCGCAUGUGAAGCUGCUCCGCCCCGACGAUCCCCUCCACAUCGGCCGCGUCUACCGCCUCGUCACCUUCGAAGAUGUGCUUAAAGUGUUCGGAUCGAGAAGACACGUGAAGCUAAGCAAGUUGAUAGCGAGGCAAGAGAGGAAGAAGAAGGCUAAGCUUCAGGAGAGCGACGAAGGAGGAGGAGGAAAUGCGAGCAAUGAGAGCUCUUCUGAAACGUGGUCAAGGCGGUAUUUGACAAUGUCGGGAAAAUUCCCCCGGAGUGCGGAUAUGUGGCGUGUUGGUCUUUACCUGUCUCCUGCUGCUGACAUGUCGAUACCAGACUCGUUUAAGGACGGGAACACGGAACACCGAGCGUUCGUAGACCGGUUGUGUAACGCCCAACAAAGGAUGGAGAGCGAGAAAGAAAGGAUAACAGUUUCGAGCUCAAAGCGACGUAAGCGGAGAUGUUAUGACUACUUACAAAUUGUCGAAGUGUGGGCUUUGGAGGCAAUUUGCAGAGCAUUGCAGAAGGGAGAGUUAGAUCAAUUUGCUCAUCAUCUCUACCUUUGA